AAUGGCUGAACUUUUAGGUGCACAAAUACUUGAAGAGCUGGAAUCCUCGAAAACACCACUAUCUGUUAGUUACAUGUGUAGAAAGUGUAAAAAACCAGAAACACAGAUUGAGGAAAUAUUAGAGAAUCUUAAAUCUAUCGGCCUCAUUAACUCGAAUUCUCAGGGACUCUGGUUUUCCUGUAGUAUUAAUGAUACAGGGGAUGAUCUGUCUCUUGACGCAGAGAGGUUUGAUGACUCACUGCCGGGACCUGUUGUGAUACAAAAACAAAAGGAAACAUUUUUAAAAGAGGCACCAGAGCCUGAGACAGAACUAAAAGCUCUACAUCAGGCCAGGACCUCACCCAGUGAUUCAAGCUCAAGCACUAGUCCUAAAGUCCCAAAUAAUUCUGCAUCAAAUGCAGAAUAUAACAGUUCCAUUACCAGUAGUCCUUUGAGAGCUGCAUAUAAUGUUUCUCAGGCAUCUGAUGCUACAAACCCUAAAGUGACAAGUAGAGAGAGAUCUGGUGCCAAUUGCUCCUCAACACCAUUUAUACAAGAGGCUGAAGAGGUGACAUUAUCCGGAUUAGAGGAUGAAGCUUUGUCAAGAAGACUAGAGGCAACCUCUUUAAAAGAACCUGGUAACCAAUUUAUAAUCUACUCUUCAUACAUUUUUCAGUGUUUACAUGUACUUCAAUCACCUUCAGAUGGUGCAUUAAUUCCUUGUAAAGGUAGGCAACCUGUCAUUCCGAGACAGAACUCUGACCAGACAGUUAGCAUGGUUGUUGGAGGGGGUCAGAUUGAGACUUCUAGUUCAGUGCAGUCAUGGCAACUGUCAAGAAUAGACCCUGCUGUAAAACAACACAAAGACAUAAUUGUUUCCAUUAUUCAAUACUUUCAAUCAACACCAUCAAAUGGAGAGAAACCACUAGAUGUUGCCAAGAAAUGCAUAGGUAAAAAUGCCUCUAAAAGAGGUAUAAAUAGAUAUCUUCACAGUCUUAACAAGGAGGGAGUGCUUCAAGUAGUUUACCAGAAUCAACAGAAGAAGUCAGAUCCUCGCUGGAGGGCCACUCAGAAAAUUCACGACGUAUCAGAUGAAAAAUUAGAAGAAAUUGCAGCAGAGUUCUGCACUUCAAAGAAUUCAAGAUCAGAUCAGUUGGCCAGACUUCCAUCAAAUGAUGAGUGGGCACGAAACUCCUCCACAUGUAACCCUGGGUGCCUUCACCUUCAUCAACACCACCAUCUCCACCAACAUCAACACAACUAUAAUGUCCAGGUCGGAGAUGGAAAUACCAUGCAUGUCAAUGUGCCAGAUUUGGAAAGAGAGAAGGAGAAAGAAACAGAGGAAGAAAUUUACAAUAGACAAGGAGAAUAAAUUACUGUUAUUUAUCAUUGUAAGAAAAUUCAUACACUGCUUUGUCAAAAAAAGUGAUUUUUUCUAGAUUUACACCUGAGCAUUUGGCAUAAUUAAUUAAUAACUGAUAAAUGAAUUAUAGAAUUUUAAAUUCUUAAUAUAGAAUCACACUCAUAGGAGAUCAGCUGUGACAAUUUAAGAUGAUUUUGUAAAUGUUUAUAGGUAAUACUUUGAAGUUUCUUGUUUGAUUAUUUUUAGAAAUUUUGACAAUGACUGAAACAUGUCUGAGUCUUUACUAUAAUACAUGUAUAUUUUGUGUAUAGAUAAGUUAAUUUUCAUCAAAGUCUACUGUUGCUGUGAUCCUUUUUAAGGUUUUAUUUUAAACAAAUUAUGUAUAAAUGAACAUGGCAGUAAAAUGAAAAAGAAUAUUAGGGAAAAGAUCAAAGAAAAACAUUUUUUUUUGUAAUUUUUUAUAAACCAGGCCCCAAGACCAUAAACUAAGUCAAAUCUGGAUUUUUGAUAGCAAUGAUUUCGUUGCAAGUUUUGUAAAAUAUGCAGAUAAAAAAAAAACAAGUGAACAUUUUAUAUUGUUUUCUUCAUUCUCCAGUAUUUCAAAGAUCACUGGUAUACAGAUUUGAAAUUUUAACUUAUCUGUUUUCUGUGUAUGGGUUUCUCCCCAGGACAUAUACAAUUUCUGUACUAGAAAUAUUUUUUCCUCUCUAAAUCUAGUUUAGCACAGAUUUCUAUCAAAUGCACAAAAUCUUGUUAGCUCACUUUUGUGAUAUACAAGCUUUCAUGUUCAUAUUCAACACCAUGCAGCAUUAACAUCUGUGGUUGUUCAUCGUGUAAUUUAUUUUUAGCUCACCUUAGCCGAAGGCUCAAGUGAGCUUUUCUGAUCACAUUUUGUCCGUCGUCCGUCCGUCCGUCUGUCUGUCCGUAAACUUUUCACAUUUUCGACUUCUUCUCAAGAACCACUGGGCCAAUUUUGACCAAACUUGGUACAAAGCAUCCUUGGGUAAAGGGGAAUUAAAUUUGUUAAAAUGAAGGGACAUAUUCCCUCGCAAGGGGAGAUAAUCAAGAAAAGACAAAAAUAGGGUGGGGUCAUUAAAAAAUCUUCUUCUCAAGAACCACUGGGCCAGUAAAGCUGAAACUUAUGUGGAAG